AUGGAAAGAUCUAAGUUUGAUUCUUUUCAGCGAACAAUUGAUGAACAGAACAAAAAAAUUGAAACUUAUAAAUCGAAGUUGAAAGAUGUCGUUCAAGCCUAUAAAGACCUGAUGAAAGAAAAAGAGGCUCUAGAAGCCACUGUAACAACUAUAAAAAGCUUGCAACAACCACAAUCAGCAACAGAAGCCAACAAUGCUAAGAGUGUUCAUGCUGAAGAUAAUACAGAAAAUGUAUCAAAAGUGAGUGCAUGUGAAAAGAGCAACUCAGAUGAGAUUGAGGAGUCGACCUCAGCAGCUACUGAUGCACAAAGUGGUACACAGAACAGUGAUGCCAACAUCUACCAGAAGAUUGAUGUCUUGACUUCAUCUCUGCUGACUGUUACUCAGCAAAAAUCAAAAGUUGAAGCAAAUUUUAUAGCUGAAAGAAAACAUUUCAAACAAGUUCUUGAGGACAAAGAGAAAGAAGUGAACAAUUUGUUGGAGCAGAUACAACGGUUGGAGGGGAGUAGUAGUGAGUGGCGAAAGAAGUUGAGGCAGCAGCAGCAGGAGCAUGAGAAGCAGCAGAACGAUUGCUCACUGAUGAUGAAGGAACUCCAAACAAUGAUCAACAUGCAAAAAAUUGAAAUUAUGAGACUUGAUUCUCAGCAACAUCAUAUUCCAAAUCCGUGUAAGAAGUUCAUCCUGCAGCACUACAUUGAAGCAGCCAUCUGCAUUCAACAACGAGUUUUAACACAUGUUGAAGACGUGAAGUUGACUUCAGAUGAGAAACAAAAAUCAACAACAGCCUAUUUGAAUAUCUUGGAAAAUAAAGAAAAAUCAUUGAAAGUUGAACUUGAUGAAGCAAAUAAAAAAUUGAAAGAAACUUACAUCAAGCUCACAGAACCAACAGCAAAAAUUGCUGUUCUUGAACAAAGAGUUAUCGAGGCUGAGGAAAGAGAAUCGAAACAGAAAAAAAUGGACGAGAAGAAGAUUGAAGAAUUGGAAAGCAAAAUAAAAGAGAUUUCAAAUUUGAGUGAAAGGAGAGUUGCAAGUUUGGAGGAAAGUGUGCGUCAGUUGUCAGAAUCGUUGGGUGAUGUCGAGAAAGAAAGAAGAAAUGAUCAGCUGAUCAUUGAAAAACUAAAAGACCGUAUCUUAAAAUUAGACCAAGAAAAUGUUGCACUGAUGAAUAUAUCAAAAGCUGUUGCUAAAGCUGUAGAUAAUACCGAUGACGAUGAUAACAGUGACACAACCAGCUCUGAAGAGUUGUUCAACACAGUACAAUCCUUGGUCAGAAAGCUCAAAAAUAGAAAGUUUGAUCUUUCUGCUCUCCAAGAUAUUGUAUCUAAUGACCAAGACUUACAUUUGAAAUGCAAGCAACAAUACGAACAACUACAAGAAGAUUAUGAAAGAUACAAACUUCGAGCUCAAUCAGUUCUAAAAACCAAAUCAAAGGAAUCUAACUCCGACCAGGAACUCAUCAACCUAAAAAGGCAGAUGUCCGAAAUGAGGGAAAAGCAAGCUAAACUUAUUGCUACAAUUGAUUCAAAAGAGAUGUUGUUGAACAAAAAAGAAGAAUCCCAAAUAAAUAUUAUAAACACGUUAGAAGCAAAGCACAAAAACGAAAUAUCAAGAAUUAAUGCAGACCACCAACAAAAAGUAUCAGAUCUUGAGCAUGAAAUCAGAAAGCAAAGAGAUAGAACGAUAAGCAUGCUUGCUGAUAAGGAUCAAGAAAUUAAUGAGCUUAAAAUGAGAAUUUCGACACCAGGUAAUGCUAGAAGUGUAAAGGAAGUGAGCCCAAUUCCGUUUAUUAACAAUUCCUACGCUAAUAAAUUUGCGAAUGUUCAAGAAACUUAUAGUUUACCAAUGGACGAGAGCAGCGAGGUUGGUGCCAGUUCUGCUACCAAUGAAGAACCGGCAGAUUUUAAUUAUACACACGCCAUCAAAGAACUUUUUUCCAGAUCUUCAUUUGUUAGCGGAAAUGAAAAUACUUCAAGUCUCUUGCAUUUUGCCCAAGAGAAAGCGAAAAUGGAAAUUGAAAUUGCCAACUUGCGUAAACAAAAACAUGAUGUCGAACAAAAAGCUCGAGAAACAUUUUGUGAGUUAACAUUGGAAAAGCAAGAAUACCAAAAUAAAUUGUCUGACAUGAUGGAAUUCGUUAGAAAAACGGAAAGGGACAAUAACAGAGAAAACGCAAAUAUGGAAUACCUAAAAAACGUAGUCUACCAGUACAUAAUUUGCAAAGAUGGGUCGUCCAGGCACCGAAUGUUCAAUGCCAUUUCUACUAUAUUGCAGUUCAGUCCAGUCGAAAAACAAACAGUUCUUUCAAAAAAGGGUUGGUUGUUGUACCAGCAAAAUCUCCAUUCAACAUGA